AUGUUGCUGCUUCUGUGCAGGCAUGGAGCUCCUUUUCCUAAGCUAGAUAACUUGAUCCCACUUAGAAUGAUGAAGACUCUCCUGGUCUUUCUGGGUCUCCUUGGUAAUUGCAUUGCUAUGCCAAUGCAUAUGCCCCGAAUGCCUGGAUUUAGCAGCAAAAGUGAGGAGAUGUCGAGGUACAAUCAAUUCAACUUUAUGAAUUCCCCACAUAUGCCACACCUGGGCCCCACAUUUGGAAAUGGUAUGCAAAUGCCUCCAGUCAUGCCACCGUACCAGAUGCCAAUGUGGCCUCAGCCACCACCCAACGCAAAACACCCAAAGAAACCGCCAUCACCCAAACGCCCAGGCAAGACUGAACAAACCCCAGAGACCCAGAAACCCAUCCAGACUGAGCCACAAAAGCCACCAGCACCAAAGCAACCUGAAAAUCAGCCAGCACCUACCCCAACUCAGCCCCAAGAGGAAGUUCAAACCCCUCAGGCUUUCCCACCAUUUGGCAAUGGACUGUAUCCCUAUCAGCAACCACCGUGGCAACUCCCACCUAGGAUACCACCAGGCUUUGGACGUCCACCAGGUAGCAAUGAAGAAGGUGGGAAUCCCUACUUUGGCUACUUUGGAUUUCAUGGAUUUGGGGGUCGUCCUCCUUAUUAUUCAGAAGAGAUGUUUGAACAGGAUUUUGAAAAACCCAAAGAAAAAGAUCCUCCUAAAACCGAGAGUCCAGCCACAGAACCCUCACCUAACUCAACUACUCCUGAAACUAAUUCUACCCAACCAAAUGCACCCAAUCCCAGAGGGAAUCAGCCUGGAAACGACACCAAUCCAGCUGGAAACGGUGGCCCUGGGUCAAACACUGUGAACAACCCUGCUGUUCAAAACCCAUCCUCUACAGUUAACAUUUCAGGCCAGGGAAUACCAAGAAGUCAAAUACCCCUGGGACGAAGGCAGCCAAAUUUUCAUGGAAAUUAUCCAAAUCCCAACAUCCGAAAUUAUCCUGCAGGAAGACAAUGGCGUCCCACUGGUACAAUCCUGGGUCAUAGGCAGAACUGGCCAUUCUACAGAACUCAACAAGUUCAAGGGAGUCCUCGGUGGCACUCAUUUGCUUUGGAAAACAAACAAGCACUUCGUCCAGGAACUCCAUUUUACCGCAAAGCUUAUGCUUCCACUGCAAGAGGCAAUUCUCCCAAUCAGGCAGGAAAUCCAGCAAAUUUCAAAAGAAAGCCUCAGACUCCAAAUAAACAACCUAUUGGAACCAGUGUUGCCCCUGUGGCUCCCAAACGUGAUCCUGUUGGUCACAAUGAAAAAAUCCAGAAUCCAAGAGAGAAUUCACUAGGUCAGAAAGAAAGGAUUGUCAUUCCAACUAGAGACCCAACUGGCCCCUGGAGAAACUCUCAAGAUUAUGGAAUUAAUAAAUCAAAUUUUAAGCCUUCUCGCCCUGAGGGUAACAUGCCAGUUCCAAAUUUUAAUUCUAUUGAUCAACAUGAAAACUCUUAUUACCCAAGAGGAGAUUCCAGAAGAGCCCCAAAUUCUGAUGGACAAGCCCCAAGCCAGAAUUUGCCCAAAGGGAUUGUUUUAGAGCCAAAAAGAAUUCCAUAUGAAUCAGAAACUAAUGGUCCAGAAUUAAAACAGAAUACAUAUCCGCCUGUCUACCUUGAGGAAAUCCCUCCCCCUGAAAGAGAACUCUUUCCUGUUGGAAGAAAUACUUGGAAUCACCAAGAAAUCUCUCCACCUUUUAAGGAAGACCCUAGGAGGCAGGAGGAACAUUUGCCUCGUCCUUCCCAAGGCUCUAGGGGAGGUGUUUACUAUCCUGACUAUAACCCCUAUACCCCCAGAGAGAAUGUCCCAUAUCAUAGAAGCAAUACAUGGGAUGAGAGAGAUGAUUCUCCCAAUACCGUAAGGCAGCCUGAAAAUCCACUCUACCCCAUGAAUACUCCAGACCCCAAAGAUACAGUACCUUAUAAUGAAGAGGACCCAGCUGACCCAACUGGAGAUGAAACUUACCUAGGACAAAGUCAAUGGGGCAUGGAAGAGUCAAACUUUAAAGGAGGGCCAACGGUUAGGCAAUAUGAAAGGGAACAAUUUACUUCAAAUCAACCAAAAGACUAUCUUCCCUAUCCCUUGGAUAAUCCAUCAAAACCUAGGGAGGAGUUUCCUUACAAUGAAUUUUACCCCUGGAAUCCAGAUGAGACUUUCCCAUCAUAUAAUACAGUUCCCUCUGUUCCACCACCUGUGGAGAGCAGGGGCUAUUAUGCUAGCAAUGCUAUUGGACAAGAAGAAAGUUCUCCAUUUCCUUCAUGGAACUCCUGGACCAACAGAAUUCAAGCCCAAGGGCAGAAAGAAAGAGAUCCAUAUUUUAACAGGAAUUUCUGGGAUCAGUCAACAAAUGUAUACAAUGCUCCCACAAAUCCACCACACCAGAAGGAAAACCAACCCUAUUCUAGUAACUACCCAGCUGGGCUUCAGAAAAAUCCUACAUGGAAUGAAGGUGAGAAUUUGAAUUAUGGCAUGCAAAAUACUAGGCUAAAUUCACCAGAAAGAGAGCAUUCUUCUUUCCCAGACUUAAUUCCUUCAAAUCACCCAGCUGGUCAAAAAGAACCGCAUUCAUUCCACCAAACCCAGAGAGGCCCUUGCUGUGCCAGUGACCCCACAAGGCACAAGGACAAUCCACUUGCUCUUCAAGACUACACGCCAUCCUUUGAUCUUGCACCAGAGGAGAACCAAGAUACCAGCCCUAUGUACACAGAAGAUAGUCAUACUAAGCAUGCAAGACAUACCAUCUCCCCAACAAGCAGCCUGCCUGGGCAAAGAAACAGCUCAGAGAAAAGACCACCUACAGAAAGUCAAAACCCAAGUCCUUUCAGAGAAGAUGUGUCCACUCCGAGAAGGAACACACCAUGUUCCAUGAAGAAUCAGCUGGGUCAAAGGGGAAUAAUGCCCUUUCCAGAAGCCAGUUCCCUUCAGUCAAAGAAUAUACCUUGUCUCAAGAGUGACAUUGUAGGAGAUGGAAAUAAUCUUGUUUUGGAACAAAUAUUUGAAGACAACCAGCUCAAUGUUGGCCUUACUCCUGAGCAGCUUGUUAUGGACACAGCUGAGCAAGACCCAAAGCCAGAAGGAAUUCAAGGUGAAGUGCAAGUAAAUGAGGGUGAACGACAGCAAUCAAGACCAUCUAGCAUAUUACAGCUACCAUGCUUUGACUCAAGGUUAGCAAAGUAUCACUCAUCUGACAUUGGAACACCACCUACCAUUGGAAGGCAAACUUCAUUUGAUGGGGAUCCAAUUAUGCCUACUGAAAUACCCAACUCACUGACCGGAUUAGCUACUGGGGAACAGUUUCAGAGCAUAAAUGUAGAUACACAAAAUACAGAUGAACACCCUCCAUUUGAUUCCCUUCAAAUAGGAACCAAUCCACAGGACCAGGUACAAGACUGCUUGCUACUUCAGGCCUAG